AUGCCUGCUUCUAAGCGUAGUUCCUACCGAUUUCCAGUAGCCAAUGCCUUGCCCUCUUAUUGGAGAAGACAGCCAGGCUCAGUCGACAACCAUCGCAGUACUGCCGAACUUGUUCCCCAGGCUGAUGUUGUCGUCAUUGGUGCCGGUUAUGUGGGCGCGUCAAUCGUCCACCAUCUGGUCGAGGAGAGUUUGCGGGACAAUCGACCAAUGCCGUCGAUAUUAAUUCUCGAGGCGCGCGAGGCCUGCUCUGGCGCGACCGGCCGCAAUGGUGGUCAUCUGAAGCCAGAUCCGUUGCUGAGAGCAGCGGCUGUGUUGGACACUCAUGGACAAGCGGCUGCAGAACACGUGGCUUCCUUUGAGCAGCGCCAGGUUGAUGCAGUCAAAGAGCUGGUCGAGCGUGAGAACAUCGACUGCGACUUUGAAGAGACCAGGGUUAUAGACGUUUGCACUUACCCCGAGGGCCGGGACAAGAUGAGAGCCACGAUUGACAAGAUUACCAAGGCCAACGUCUCCACAGCCAAGAUGAUCAGUUUUUUUGCUGGCAAGGAAGCGGAAGAGGUGUCUGGUAUCAAGGGCGCCUUGUCGUGCCACACAUAUCACGCGGCUCGCCUUGCGCCUUACCAUCUCGUGACUAGGCUUCUGGAAAAGGCCAUAUCCCUGGGGGUAAACCUACAGGUAUUCACACCAGUGACCCAGGUUCGACAAGCAGCAGACCAGGGUUUCCGCUGGGAAGUCGACACUCCGCGUGGCACAGUCAAGACCAACACGGUCAUCUACGCGACCAACGCAUACACAUCUGCCCUGGUUCCAGAGAUGAAAGGGAAAAUCGUGCCAGUCAGGGGUAUGGUGGCGAGACUUGCCAGCCCGACGGCGCCGAGGCUCACCGACAGCUAUAUGAUGCGUUUCUCAGAGUUUGAAUAUGAUUACAUGAUCCCGCGACCCGAUGGCAGCAUAAUCGUGGGAGGCGGACGCCGAGACUACUACAAGGAUCUGAACGAGUGGUUUGACGUGGCAGAUGACAGCAGGCUGAUGAAGGGUGGGCCGGAUUACUUCGAUGGCUACAUGCAGCGACACUUUUACGGGUGGGAAGACAGCGGUAUGCGCACAGAAGAAGUCUGGAGCGGCAUCAUGGGCUAUUCCAACGACGAGUUCCCUUAUGUUGGGCCUGCCGUCGGGAGGCACGGCCAGUACAUAUGCGCGGGCUUCAGCGGACACGGCAUGCCCCAAAUCUUCCUUUCAGCAAAAGCCAUCGCGUCCAUGGUCAUGACAGGGGAUGCGGAAAAUGUCGAUCUGCCAGCGCCAUAUCGCAUCUCGCAAGAAAGGUGGUUUGAGCAGAAAAAGCAUGCAUCUCUCGAGGCGUGGCAGCAGGUUGCGGGAAGUGAGCCGGUUCAGGCCAGACUCUAG